AUGAGCGGUACCGGAUAUUGCUCCAAAGACAGCUUGACUGAAACCGGUCCCUAUGGAGAUCUCGAGAUAGCAUGCUAUCACUCCAGAAGGGUGCCAGACCCGGCUGACAUCCGACUAUGGGAUAUUUUUGAGAAACCUGAUCUCAGCCCUUCAUGCCAGGUUUCCCUCGCUGUCAAAACUGCUUCUCAUCCUAGUCCUAGUCAGGAUGAAGUCUAUCUUCCUGCAGAAUCCGAGACCGCACUGGCAUUUUCUAUUACUUCCAAGUCGCUGUACAAGGUAAAGAUAUUCGUAGGAGGGCAGAACAUCUGUUCCUACCCGCGGGGAGGACACGAGGACGCGGACGAGAUUCAGGACUACUUCGUUAUACCCCUUGCCUUAAAGAUACACGGCGUUUUUGUCAAGAAGGGAUUAGUUAGGCAGCUAGUCGCUAUGGAGUCCGAAAGGCCAGGAUACUCGAUUGAGCACCAGAUGACAGGUCAAGAUCAGAAUUUGAACAUUCGAAUGGAAUUCUUUUCUGAAAGACGUCGUCUUGAAGGCCAUUUUUACUUCACUAUCGUCAUCAAAGCGUUGGCAUUUACAGUAGUCAUGAACGAAAAUGACUCUACAGUCCAGGAUAUUAAGGAUCGCAUUCAUGACACAAGGGGGACACGACCGGACCAGCAGCUGCUCAUCUACGAAGGAAAAGAGCUAGAGGAUGCGAGAAAAUGGACUGACUAUUCACUACAAAGAGCCAGCAUCAUAUUCCUAGCAUAUGAUAUGAUAGUUAAUUGUGGCCCUGUUAUUGACCGGCCUUUGACUGGAACGGCCUUGGACACUGUCGAGCCCACGAUUACAAUGGCUCCCGGGGGCUUCAUUUCCGACAGCAUCAACAAAGACCCAACCCUUGGAGAAUGGUGCGAUGAACCAGCUCUCACAGUCAGCCUGCAAGUGUUGAACUAUGAAAUGUUCACAAACAUUACGGGCUUGUCUCCCAAGGCUCCAUCACCCGACGAAGUAGCUGAAAUAACGCUGAAUAAGUGUGAAGACAAAGAGUUGAAGACUAUGACCGAUUGGGAGAUCUAUCUUCAAGGCAUAGGACAGAUAUACGCUCAAACUGGGAUUGGUAUCACUGGGCCGUACGAUGUAAAUAGAGAAAGAGAGGAUCGUGCUCCAGUGAAACGUCCGUUAACAUGGCGGCGGAUUCUAUCAUGCGGUUUUUGCUAG